UUGUUAUUAAACAACACUAGCCCUAACAAAACAUUAGUUUUAUCUUGAACGCGCUUCCACACCACACCACAAGAGAACAGCAAUCAGCUAAAAACGAACAGCAUCAUCUGCUCAAUUCGACUCGUAUUUUUUUCGUUCAGCUAGGCUAGCGUGAUAUUUAUAUUGCAGAAGUGAAAUUUAAUUUUGUUUACGUUGGGCCACAAGAAAAGAAAAAUCAAAGAAACAGUAGCAAAAGAGAAGAAAAGUGAAAAUUGUUCUUUGCCGAAGCGAAACGGAGACGACGAAUAAUGAGUGUGUGUGUGCCGUCGCGUACUUGAAUCGAAUGUGGACCGAUCUGUGGAUCCACCUACUUACUGCUGCACCCCCGCAGAAGCCAUGCAAAACGAUGAUAUAUUAUUGUGUUUUAUUCCGCAAUGGAAGAGGCUUCUUUAACAAUCUGUGAGUGGCGUUGCCCGAGAACGUGAACGUGAACCAAAAAGGAGGACAAGUGGCAGAAGAAGAACUAGAUGUGGAUGUGCGUGCUAGCCAGUAAGACAAGUUAACAGAGACACUGACACUGACCCCCCACCCCACCGCACCCCACCCGACAAUCCACAAACACAUCGUCAUCGCCUCAUCGCCAAGCAACCGCCUCAUCAUGGCCAUCAAAGACUUUAGCAUACAAUUGCUAAUCACAUUAUUGCUCAUCGGAGCCCUGCUUGGCCAGCAGUUGCCCCCCGAAGAGACCAGCAGCAGCAGCAGCAGCAGCAGCACAACAGCACCUGGGCCGGCACGACCGCCGCCCCGCGUGAAGCUCAACAAAUGCUGCCAUUUGGGGGAGUAUCUGAAUGCCACCACCCGCUCCUGCAUAGCCGGCAAUUCGGAACUGUGGGUGCCCAUGGUGUAUCUCAUACAGCAGCAGCGCUUCUUUGAGCCCAUCGGCGCCAGUCCCCGCUUCAUGAAGUUCACCGCCCACGUGCGACCCGUCUGCCAGGAGCAGCAGCUGGAGCUGUUUAGCAGUCGGCUGGGCAAUGCCUUCAUUUUCCCCAAUGGCACGCUGUCGGUGCGCGAACGCCUGAUACUGGUGGAGCCACAAAACUAUUGCGUCGAUCGGGACGUGGCGUUGGUCUGCCUGGAAGCGCCCGCGGCAGGAGCAAUCAAUCGAGAGAAUGCCCUUGCAGCGGGAAACGAGACAGCAGCCGCAUCCCUGGUGACGCAGCCUGCCACGCUGCGCAUGCGCAAAUGCUGUGGCAAGUGGGGCAGCUACGACACCAGCCUCAAGACCUGUAACCUGCAGCCCAGUCCCCCCACCGACGGCCAGCUCCGGCUGGGCCCGCAACUACCGGAGGGCAGCUAUCAGACCAGCUACGGCCUGCCCGAGUGCGUGAGCGUAGGAGUAGGCAUCAAUGCAAAUGCAAAUGCCAAUGUCGGCUAUGCCAUUGCCGGCGACUGGCGCGAUGCUCAGCUGAAUCGCUCCUCGGGCGAGAUCCGGCUGUCGCAUCACACGAAUCUCAGUGCCAGCCAGUACUGCCUGGAGCACACGCAACGCGAGGGAGAGGUGAAAAUCAUUGCCUGUUCGCAUCACUUCUCAAACGCCCAGCACGGCGACGGGCAGGAUGGGGGCUCUAGCGGACUGGACGAGGAUGGCCAAAGCUCGGGCAUGCGACUACAGAAAGCCGUACUAACCGGCGGCAUACUCAUUUCGGUGGUGUUUCUGGCGGCCACACUGGUGGCUGGCUUUAUGCUGCCCGCCGUCCAUCAUGCCCUGCACUGGCGCUGUCAGAUCUGCUACGUCUUCUGCCUACUGGUGGGCAAGGUGCUGCUGGCCAUUGAGGAGCUCAACACCUCGCUGAUGCCGGGAUCCGUGGCCUGUCUGCUGCUGGCCGUUGGCAUGCAGUUCUUCUUCCUGUCGGCCUUCUUCUGGCUGAACACGAUGUGCUUCAAUAUCUGGUGGACGUUCCGGGACUUUCGGCCGAGCUCCCUCGAACGGAAUCAGGAGGCACUGCGACUACUCCUCUACUCCGUGUACGCCUGGGGCGUGCCCCUGCUGAUCUCAACGAUAGCCGCCUGUGUGGACCAGCUGCCGGAGACGACGCUGCUGAGGCCGGGCUUUGGGCAGCUCUAUUGCUGGUUCGACAAUCGAUCGGUCUCGAUUUUUGCCUACUUUUACGGACCCAUUGGGCUGCUGCUGUGCGCCAAUAUUGCCCUGUUCAUCUCCACCACCCACCAACUGACCUGCGGCCUGUGGAAGCGGGACGAUGUCAAGUCGUCCACGGAAAAGUCAGCCCUAGGCAAGGUCUGCCUCAAGCUGGUCGUCGUUAUGGGCGUCACAUGGAUAGCGGACAUUAUGUCGUGGCUGGUGGGCGGGCCCCAUGGCGCCUGGUUCGUUACCGAUCUGAUCAAUGCCCUACAGGGUGUCUUCAUUUUCAUUGUGGUGGGAUGCCAGCCGCAGGUGUGGACCGCCUGCCGGCGCAUCUGCUGUCCACGGCUCCGUCACGACAUCACCAACACCACCAAUGGGGUCCAGCACUCGAGCAGCUCCCAGGGCCUGCCCUCGAUGGCCGGCUGCGGGACAGAGUUUACCCAAAACACCACCACGAUGCAGUGCUCGGCCAGCUCGACGGCCCCCAGCAGUCUCUCCCCACCAAGUGGCGAUGCCACCACAGCUCCACCAACGACGACAACAACGAACCCCACAAUGCCUCCGCCCACUGCGAAGAUGGAAACCGUUUGCUAAAGACAACUGGAGACGAGACGAGCGACAAUGCGAAAGUAAACCCCCUCCCCCUUUCGAUCCCAUCCCGAGUCCAACGAAAAUAAUGGCAAUGGAGCUGGGGAACCGUAGUAUCGUAUCCGAGGCACACUUGCGCAAUAGCAGCAACGGCAGCAGCAGCAGCAGCAACAGCGUAACCAACAUUCAAGCACGCGCAUUGACCGGCCCAGCUAAUUGUCUAUGUGUUUGAGAGUGUGUGUAAAAGUGAGUGUAUGUGUGUGACCGUCUUGCGCGUGAUUUUGAAAUCAGCCAACAGGCGGCAGCAGAAGCAGAAGCAGGGGCAGCGGUAGCGGUAGCGGCCAAUGGCCGACAGUAAUUCAGUAUUCAACUUCAAUUUGAGCUAAACACAAAAGAAAUGUAAGAGUAUUUUAUUCAUAUACAUGAGUAUGUGUAUAUAAAUGUAUGUAACUUGAGCACAGCAUAACGGUAGGUUAGAUGGGGGAUAACAGGGCAGGACAGGGUCAGAUUAACACGUUUUAAUUGAAUUGAGCCCAGACAUGGGUAAGUGUUGCAAAACGCAAAACUACAUAUGUACAAAUGCCGCAAACAGGAAUGCACAAUAGACAAAGCAGAGCUAUUGUUAAUGACGGGGGUUUUGCUUCUCCUUCUACUCUUUCCACGGAGAUCUCCAAUAGAACUUGGACAGCUGCCGCUGUCGCUGACGCCGCUGCUUCUGCUGCUGAAUGCAGCGCACAACCACAAGGAAUUUAUUGUUGAGGCAUUUUUGUUGUACUCUCGUGAUAUUCUGCUGGGGCUUUUCUAGCCUCACAAAAAUCUCAAGUGUGAGAAAACCAGCAGCCGCCAGCAGAUAGAACAAACAAACACACACACACACAUUCAUACGUCCAUAUAAAUACAUGCAUACAUGUAGAUUGUUUAACAUUUAAAUUAGUCGAUUCUGGAUGCUGGGCUCUGGUUUGAAUUUGGAUUUCCAUUUUGAUUCCCAUUGAGAAGAUUGCACCAAAAAAAAGCUGCUGGCAUUUGAUUUAGACGUGCUGCGUCACACGUACCCGCUUCCUCUCUUGCUCUCACUCUCUCUCUCUCUGUCAGACCACAGUCUUUGUAUUAGAUUAGUGUAUGUGUGUGUGUGUGUCAUUCAGCAUUGCUCAAUAAUUUGAUUCUUGCAUUCUUUAACAAUCGUCCAAGUGGAUUCUGGCACUAUUUUUAUGUGUGGGGCAGCAAUCUGUUUUAAAUUAAACAUUUCUUUUUUGUUUUGUUGGAGUUCGUUUGUUUUUUGUAAACUAAACAAACGGGAAUUUAUUUACUCGCGCAGGCGUAAACAAACAAAUAAGUGCAUGUGUGUAUGUCUAAUUGUUUUCUUAAUAUUUUUUUUUUUUCUGUACAAAGACACACACACAAGUGCGUGCGCGCGCGCACAAUCAAAUUUAUCAUCAAAAGUUCAACGAUACUGAUCGAUCAAGGUUAAAAGGUUGAAAAAAAA